CGAGUUCAAAGUUAAUAAAAAACAUUUUAUGUCUUCCGGUAAAGAUAAUGACAUAUUGGAAACAGAUACCAAUAUCUUAACUUCCAAAAAAAUAAAGACUGAAGAUAUAAUCGAUGAUGAUAAAUUAGAAACAAAUACCAAUAUUUUAACUUCCAAUAAAAUAAAAUCUGAAGAUAUUGUUGAUCUUAAUGAAUCUUCCCAGGUAGAAGGAUCCACUCAAUGGAGGUUACAUAUUAAGAAUGUACCCAAAUUUGCGUCAACCAAGAUAAUUAAAGAUUUGCUUGCUAAGCAUAGUUGUGGUGAUGUCAAAAUUAAAAAGUCUCAUGAUUGGAAUUAUUGUUAUGCAUUUUUCAAGACACAAGAGCAACAGUUGCAAGCAAUUGACAAUUUAAAAAAUGUCAAUUUCAAGAACAAGACGUUGGUCGAAUUAUACAAUGGAAGACCAAAAUAUAAACCGGGAUGGGCUUUGGAAAAGUCAGAUUCAAAUCUUCCAUGCUUAUUACAACCCAUGAUUCCCUCACCUAUACUUGAAGGAUAUCGUAAUAAAUGCGAGUUUACUGUUGGAAGAAAUUUAAAUGGUGAAAUUGCAGUUGGCUUUUUGUUAGGUGCUUUCAAAAAUGGAAUAAAUUCAGUUAUA